AUUCUUCCGAACAUUCUCGUACGAGAAAGCUGGAUCUUGAAAGCCCCGACUGGAAAGAAAGGCCGAGAGCGAGUCAAGCGAGAAGACCGUUUCAAAUUCUUGGUUUCGCUUCAACAAACUCGCCCUUCAUAUGCGGGACGUUUCAUCAAACACCCCCCCUCGACCAUCUCUCGCUCCUCUGUUUUCCUGAUCUUCCACUCAAAUUUUCCGCUUGCCCCAGACUCUGCAAAUCCUUCCCUAGUUUCACAGCGCGAUGGAGACUUUUCUAUUCACCUCCGAGUCUGUCAAUGAAGGCCACCCCGACAAGAUCUGCGACCAAGUCUCCGAUGCUAUCCUCGAUGCCUGCUUGGAGCAAGACCCGGAGAGCAAAGUUGCCUGUGAGACGUGUACCAAGACGAACAUGGUCAUGGUGUUCGGGGAAAUCACCACCAAGGCUAAGGUCAAUUAUGAGAAGAUCGUUCGCGACACGUGCCGCGGUAUUGGGUUCACCUCGGCCGACGUUGGCCUUGACGCCGACAAAUGCAAAGUCCUAGUCAAUAUCGAACAGCAGAGCCCCGACAUUGCUCAAGGCGUACAUGGAAAUCUGACGAAGAAACCUGAGGAGAUUGGGGCCGGAGACCAAGGUCACAUGUUCGGUUACGCCACGGAUGAAACUCCCGAGCUUAUGCCGUUGACUCACGUCCUAGCCACCAAGCUCGGAGCCAAGCUGACCGAAGUGAGGAAGAACAAGACGUGCCCGUGGCUGAGACCUGAUGGGAAGACCCAAGUGACGGUGGAAUACCGUAACGAUGGGGGAGCCAUGGUCCCUCUCAGGGUCCAUACGGUCCUAAUCUCGACUCAGCAUGACGAGACCGUCACCAAUGAGCAGAUUGCCAAGGACUUGAAAGAACAUGUGAUCAAGCCCGUGAUCCCACCUCAGUAUCUCGACGACAAGACGAUUUUCCACCUCAACCCCUCGGGGCGUUUCGUGAUCGGCGGGCCCCAUGGCGAUGCAGGCCUCACCGGGAGGAAGAUAAUCAUCGACACUUACGGUGGUUGGGGCGCUCAUGGUGGUGGCGCUUUUUCGGGCAAGGACCCAACCAAGGUCGACCGCAGUGGCGCCUACAUUGUUAGGCAAGCUGCAAAGAGUGUGGUAGCUUCUGGGCUUGCUCGACGCUGCAUUGUGCAGGUUUCUUAUGCCAUCGGUGUCCCCGAUCCGUUAUCCGUGUUCGUAGAUACUUACAAAACCGGCAAGAUUCCAGACAAGGACAUUUUGGCAUUGAUCAAGGAGAAAUUCGAUUUCAGGCCAGGAAUGAUCUCUAUCAAUCUUGAUCUGAUGAGAGGAGGCAACUUCAGGUAUCAGAAAACAGCAGCGUACGGGCAUUUUGGACGUGACGACCCAGAUUUCACCUGGGAGACAGUGAAGCUUCUCAAACCUGGCAAGGCAUAGAGCUUUUGCCUUCACCUGGUCACCUUGUUAUUCCUGAAUGAUUUCUGCUUUCACUUUGGAUUUUGUGUCUCUGCCCUAUUCUUGGUAUUAAUGGAAGGCAAAAGAGAGGGAACCUUGAAUUGAA